CAGUGCAGGCGCAGCGGCGUGUUGCACAUUGAGCUCCAGCCCAGCGAGCAGCAGUGACCAGCUCGACCCACCACUACCACUACCUGUCGCCGAGAUGAAGAGCGCGCUCGUGUUCGCCUUCGUGGCCUGCUGCGCGGCCUCAGCGCUGUCAUUGACUGAAGAUGACAAGAAUUCCAUACCGUCUGCAACCAUGAGCUCUGCAGAGCAGUUUAGCCAUGACCCUACGACACACCACAAGCAUACGACUACUACCCUCAAGCCUACCACCACCACCAAGCCCACUACUACCCUCAAGCCUACCACCAAGCCCACUACUACCCUCAAGCCUACCACCAAGCCCACUACUACCCUCAAGCCUACCACCAAGCCCACUACCCCCAAGCCUACCACCAAGCCCACUACCCCCAAGCCUACCCCCACCACCAAGCCCACUACCACCAAGCCCUCUACUACCACCAAGCCCUCUACCACCACCAAGCCCUCUACCACCACCAAGCCCUCUACCACCCCCAAGCCUACCACCAAGCCCACUACUACCCCCAAGCCUACCACCACCCCCAAGCCCACUACUACUCCCAAGCCCACCCCUCCCAGACCAACUCCCUCCGUCAACAUUACUGGAGGAAACUACACGGUCAUGACGGACAACAACGUGACGUGCCUGAUGGCUCAGAUGUCCCUCCGGAUCCGACUGGCCACAGCAAAGGCCAAUGGAUCCUUCAUCGUUCAGCCGAAGAUGACGGCGGCAGAAGGAGGCUGUAAAGGAAGCACGGCCAGGCUGACCCUCGUCUUCAAAGAGGGCAACAUCACCUUCAUGUUCAACAAGAGCGCUGACAACACGGUGUACGUUGACGCGCUGUCCUUCAACCUCUCCUACCCCUUAACAGCAGGCCAAACCCAGUACACUGCCCACAACAAGUCGUUGCACCUCUUCCCUGCGAAGGUCGGACACUCGUACUCGUGCCGGCGUGAGACCGUCUCCAUGGGCUACGGCCUGUUCCUGGACGUGGACCAGGACACGCUGCAGGCCUUCAACCUGACCCGGGGCGGAGGCUUCGGCUCCCCUGAGCCCUGUUCUGCCGACCGGCCCGACUACCGCGUGGCCAUCGCGGUGGGCGUGACGCUGCUGGUGCUCAUCGUGGUGGUGGUGGUGGCCUACCUGCUGGGCCGCCGGAGGAGGGCCAACGGCUACCAGUCCCUGUGAGGGACAGUUCAGAGUCACUCGGGGGUCCACGAACACCCAGCAUGCCAUGUUUCUGUUCUCGUGUGGGUUUAGUGCCGAGGUUCCCCGUGUGGAGGCCGGAGUGUGCCGCUGGAGUAACUAUGUGUUGAGAGGUGAUUUAUUGGCUCUACUUUGCACUAUGGAACUCUGAUAUUAUGGAAUAAAUUAAUCAAAUUCAUGAAAUGAAGAUUUAAAAAUGAAAAGCUCAUGAAAUUAGCCAAUUAAUCCCUCUUUUCUAUCAUUAGAAUUGCUGAAUGAAUCUCAAAAUACAUUACAAUUUAACUUUUGUUAAACCAUUUUCAUUUUUGUUGUAUCUUUUUCACAAUUUAUUAGUAUUUCUAUUCUUUACAAACGAGAGGUGUGUUUAAUUUAACACGAGACUUCACAAGUUAAAAUGCGAUAACGGCCUCAGUUCAAAUUAUUUAAAGUUUAGAAGAAUGAAUAUUAUAAAUGUAAGACUAUUCAAUCGAUGCAAAUGUGAUGAAUAUAUUUAAAGUAGCUUUUGUAUUAUUAUUCCAGUGGCACACUCCAUGCAUAGGUUUUUCAAAAUAAGACAACAUUUUCUAGAUUCUACUUUUUUGCCAAUUAGACCAAUGUAUUGACAAAAUCAGAGUAUCUAAAUGAUAUACAUAUUACAUAUGAGUUAGUCCUCCGUUGUUUAAAGAUUAUGUGACUGUAUUGUUAAUUUUUUUUGUUUAAAGAAUCAAAUAUGUUGUGCUCUGUCUUAUAGGGAUUGUAUUUUUUAAAGAAGGGACGUUGUAUCCAUAAUGUUACAGGUGAUCAUACGAGUGUGUGUGCUGCAUUAUUGAUUAUGGCUAAAGGGAAAAUUACAGGAAUGUUGGGCAGGGAUUCCUAAACCUGGUGAACGAUGUCUGCUCUGAUUGCUGUUUGUUUUUUAACUCAUGUCUGGGGGGACGGUCCAUGUGGGUCAGUCUGAUCCGGAUCAGACCUCCAUGAGUAACGUUGAUCAUCUACUUAUGCUAUGUACUGCCAACAAUAAAAGGAAGCUGACAUUUUGGGAACUACAAGUUUUCUGUUUCAGUGUUUAUGAUCAAUGUCAGGACUCGUGAUCAGCAUGUGGCAGAUUAGGCACAUCUGGGAUAUUUGGCUAUUAAAAUAAAAUGUAAAUUCACCCACA